UGGAAGAAUAGAGCAAGAAAAAGAAGCCAUGAAGAGUUUUGUGCCAUGCAUCUUUGUAGGGUUGAUGGUAUGCCUUUUGAGCUUGGAUCAGCCCAUCGCUGUAGUGGGCUUUGAUUACAGUGAUGCACUUGAUAAGAGCUUGACCUUCUUUGAAGCUCAAAGAUCUGGCAAGCUACCUGCCGAUGAGCGGGUGAAAUGGCGUGGCGAUUCCGGCCUCGAAAAUGGCUUUCUUGAAGGAGUAGACUUGGUGGGAGGUUACUACGAUGCGGGCGAUCAUGUGAAGUUUGGAUUGCCAAUGGCUUAUACAGUUACAAUGCUUUCAUGGGGUUGCCUUGAAUUUUCGAAAGAAAUCACAGCUUCGAACCAGUUGGAACGUACUUUGGAGGCCAUCAGAUGGGGCACUGAUUACUUCAUCAAAGCUCAUAAACAGCCCAACGUUCUUUGGGGACAGGUCGGCGAUGGAGAUUCUGAUCAUUAUUGCUGGGAGCGGGCGGAAGAUAUGACGACACCACGGACGGCUUACAAGAUCGAUCCGAACCAUCCUGGCUCAGAUCUUGCUGGUGAGACAGCAGCUGCCAUGGCUGCAGCUUCCAUAGCUUUCAGACCUUAUGAUUCUACGUACUCUCAACUCCUCCUACUGCAUGCAAAGCAGCUCUUCUCAUUCGCGGAUAGUUUUCGAGGUCGCUAUGAUGAGUCCAUCAAAUCUGUUCAACAGUACUAUCCGUCAUCGUCGGGCUACUUGGAUGAGCUAUUAUGGGCGGCGGCCUGGCUUUACCGAGCGACGGAUGACGAAUACUACCUGCAAUACGCAGUUGACAAUGCUGUGUCGAUGGGCGGCACAGGAUGGGCAGUUAGGGAAUUUUCCUGGGACAACAAAUAUGCAGGUUUACAGAUUCUUCUAGCCAAGGUGUUAAUGGAGGGGAAUGGUGGAACAUACACCUCUAUAUUGAAGCAAUAUCAAGCUAAAGCUGAGUUCUUCCUAUGUGCAUGCCUACAAAAGAACAAUGGCUACAAUGUGGACAUGACACCAGGGGGCUUACUAUAUGUUGAUGAGUGGAGUAACAUGCAGUACGUCGCAUCGUCGGCGUUUCUUCUUGCCAUCUACUCCGACUAUCUCUCCAAAGCUAAUGCUCAGCUCACAUGCCCAGAGGCCCAAAUCCAACCUCUGGAUGUUCUGAAAUUUGCACAAUCACAGGCCGAUUACAUUCUCGGUAAAAACCCGAAGUCCAUGAGUUACCUAGUCGGGUAUGGAUCGAACUACCCGCUUCAAGUUCACCACCGAGGAGCUUCCAUCGAAUCGAAAUCGCUAUUACCUUCGAACGUUGGUUGCCUCGAAGGGUUCGAGAAAUGGUUCCGCAUCAACGGUAGCAAUCCCAAUGUGAUCGUGGGAGCCCUUGUAGGUGGGCCCAAUCGGUAAGAUGACUACAUCGAUCAAUGGUGGAACUACGAACAGAUGGAGCCGUCCAUCGCCUGCAAUGCUCCUCUUGUGGGCCUUUUUGCUAAGCUGAAGGGCAUUUUGGAAAGUUCAGGUUCUGAAUCUCACGGUCCAUCUGCGUCGUACAGUCCCUCGGCAUCGCACGUCAAGGCCCCUGUGAACCCCAUCGAAUUCGUCCACUCAAUAACCAACGCAUGGACAAACGGAGGGACGGAUUACUAUCGCCACAAAGUAAUAAUCAAGAAUAACUCUGAAAGGCCAAUCACCAAACUUAAGUUGAAGAUCGAGAAUCUCAACGGAUCCUUGUGGGGCCUUUUGCCAACGCCGGAUAAGAAGAACACGUACGAACUUCCGACAUGGAUCAAAGUUCUAAAACCGGGCUCCCAAUGCAAUUUUGCUUACGUGCAAGGUGGGCCACAAGCUAAUAUCUCCGUUCUAAGUUACAAUUGAUUAUUUUGUGAGUUACGUUUGUUAGGUUGCUGACUACUGAAAUAAGUUGUG